UCAGCCUUCUAUCUUUGAGCUAGCUUUCAUUGUCUGAUGACUUAUUAGUAGAAGCAUCUCACCACUUCCGAAGCACUCCGAUCGCCCCUCCAUUACUCAGAUCUAAAAAAACAGGCUGCGUCCCAGUAGUUCAAGAGAGCAUAAGUACGAAGCCACCAAUAGUCUUGUUCUUGAGAAAAUGGACGAUAUCGCUUUGCCCGAGUCUUUUUCCUUUUCCUACCAACGUUAAUCGGUCUCGGACUAUGCAACAGUCCGACACACUUCAAUGUUUCAUACAAGACCAAUAUGCCUCAAAAUAUGGAGCGGACCCGAAAGGCUGGACGCGGGAUGUCCGUGGGCCCGUCGACCCGGUCUAUCUCCAUCCUUCUUGAGAGCAAGACCGAUCUGGCGACCGAGUUCAGAUACAGAUAGGUGGCUAGGGUGGCCAGUGGCUUUCCCAACGGACCAGGUUUUCAACGGGCGGCCCGAAGACAUCAACAACCAUACGUUGUCAGACAAACAUGGGGUAGUUGACAUCAGACACAGCGGUCGAUCUAACUACUGUAGUAGAUGUCCAGAGGAGCGGUCUAAUAAUCUUUGAAGGCCUACUACACGUCAUGAUCAGAAGAUUCACAGGCAAUGCCUAGAUCAGGCUCCCCAGGCCACUAGGAACUCGUCUUGCUGCGGCUAUUAAUAUGUAACACCAGACUGAAGAGUCUUCGGUUUUAGAAGUACUUACGGUUGUUUGGCACAAACCUAGGUAGUUGCGUACGUAUUCAGGUACGAAUUACAGAUCCCAUUUCGAUCGAUCGAAUGCGUCUACCUAUUUACUAGCUAUGCCUGACAUACUCACACGCCUGCAUAGUCCGCUUUUUCUCGUGUCACCGGUUCUGUUGUGCCUAUAGCCCUGAUGUGAGCAGCCUAAAGUCUAACAGCCAGGCGGAUUACAGAAGAGCCCUGAUGGUGUGACGAAGCGCAGUAAGAUGACGAUCAUCGUGAUGAGAGCAGUGCAAAGCCACUAAAUAAUACAGAGUACCUCCUUUUCAGAGCUAUUACAAAAUGUGUUUUGGUGGAAUUGUUGUGUUACAAGAGUUCUGGCAGAGUUUAGUUGAGGUACUGUAGAAUCGAGUGGGUGAGGUGAUUUGAGAAUAAGAUUACAGAACCUACUACACACGUACAAUGAUGCCGUGGCCGAGAUAGGGUCCAUCAGGAGAAGGGGAGCUGAUGCACAGACGAGUCUUCCAUCACACAUGAUAACACGUGUGUAUGUUAGAGCUGAGUUGACCAGGCUUCAGUAAUUCACAAAUCACUUGACUUUUUCAUAACCUAUUUGCCCAACUUCCUCGUUGGUUUAGCUCGCCCUGCAAGGCCGCCGUGUUUGUCCUUGUUGUUGCGCGGAAAUUGGCUAGGAUCGGCUCCAUGGAUUACCGGCCUGGAAUGGAAUAAAAGAAAGGAUAUCAGCGCCGUUGAACCGGUCACACUAUGUAAGGUAGUUUGUUCGAGGCAGUUGAAUAAUACAUAGCUGCAAACUCCUUUGCCCA